GCAGCAGGUGUUUGAGACGUGGAGAAUCCGAUACUCAAAGUAUUACAUUGCACAGGUGGUCCGCAAACAGGUUCUGCGCAAAAAGGGCUCCGCCAGCGAUGAGCUGAAACAGGCGGCAUGCUCGAUCAACUCGAGCUUCUCAAAAUCGCUCACCACUAUAUUGAAGCUGAGCAGCGAUGCAGCAUUCUGCAUUUUCUCAGAAAACAGUCAGAAAUGGCUACCACGUCCAGUCCAGAGACAUGGCAGACUUCAACUACAGCGCUGACGCUGUGUGCCGCUGGCGGUUCCAGCUCUGGGUGGCAAUGCUCAGUCGGCCAAACACUACGCGGAUUGACUCGGUUCUGUACCACUUGGUCGACGUUAUAGAGCCCCAAGUCAAGGUGGCGGAUGGAGGAUUCUGGCAUGGAGGGUACUGGUGAGCCGUUCAGUCUUGACACAAUCGAGAAUGGCCAUAUCAAUGACACUGGGCACCCGUACAUGUCUC